AGAGGGACACCCUAACCUUCACAGCCAUGCGUAUUUCUCUCAUGUCUACAUGAAAAAGUGUCCUAAAUCUCACAACUCAUUCCAACUGUCGACAAGAUUCACCUGUCCAAAGCUGUGUCCUCUGCACCUAUCACCUAUUGGAUAUAGGCGGUGGAGUCUUCGUGUUCCGCGUAGACUCCCAACGUUCACACACUUCACCUUUAUCCUAUUUAAUCCCCCCCACAAUCAGCCCUUCCAUCAAAGAAGUCUAAACUCGAGUUCAAUUCUCAAAAGGGUAUCUCCUAUUUUUGGGCUUUCGUUGGUUUUCAAGUUUCAACCAAUCAUUUUCUCAGACGGGCAUCUCCUAUUCUGGGCCGCCAUUGGUUUUCAACCCACCAUAAGACAGACAUGCUCACCGACUCCAAUUUCCAGUUUGAAGCAGGCUGCGAUGACGACACUCUGUACGCCGAGCUGGAGAGGCAGAUUUCGCUCUUGACGGCGGAUGAUGAAGAAGACUUUCUCGAAAGCAGGCAUCGAGAUAUGGUUGUCCGAGUAAACGGGCAUGGCUCGGGCACCUCAUCGGUUGGCAUUCCUGUCGCUUCGCAGCCCAGAAGCUAUUUCUACUUGUGGGAAAAUGAAACAGGGACUUCUGCACCUGCCUGGCUGUCAAAUGUGUGGAGAAACGGGAAUGGAACCGGGGUUUUCAUUCCUCAUGUCGGCAAAUCGAAAAGAAAACAGAGGCCAGGGCGGAAGAACAGAAGAAUGUACAAGCGAAUGAAGAACAAGAACAAGUAAUUAUACAGCAGUGUCGAGCAAUUACAGAAAAACAUGUAUAGAUCUGACAAAUGAAGUCGGGAAAUCUGUACCUCUACAUUCAUGAGUUUUAGAUAGAAGAUAAUAAUAGAGAUUGGAUUAACUAAA